AUGAAGCACUGCGUGGCAGUCCUCUCUCUCCUCGUCCUGCUGGCUGCCUUUUGCUCUCCAGCCUUCUCAGCACCAAUGGGCUCAGACCCUCCGACUGCCUGCUGUUUCUCCUACACUGGACGGAAGCUUCCUCGCAACUUUGUGUUGGAUUACUUUGAGACCAGCAGCCUCUGCUCCAAGCCAGCUGUGGUAUUCCAGACCAAAAAGGGCAGGCAAGUUUGUGCUGACCCCACUGAGCCUUGGGUCCAGGAGUACGUGGACGACCUGGAGCUGAACUGA